ACGGUACGAAUUGAAUCUUUGUGCAAGCGCGCGGUCCAUGUCAAAAGAAAAUCGAUCAUCAUGAGACGGCCCAGAGCUGCACCGAGCCUGCGUUAGGCAAGUGUGACUGUAAUUUUUCGUGGCAGGUUGUUUCAAUUUCGUCCUUACGUGCACUGCGGACGAGUUCGGUGCAAUCGCACCGAACGCACGUACGUUUCAAAGUCCCACACGUUGCAAAUAGAAACAUCGGCUUUAUACGCGCCGCGAACUGAUCCAUUCCUGCAUAAGUGUACUCCUCGCCGUGGAAGCCAACAGCUGAUUGUCGCAACUCGCAAGCGAUGUUUAGUUCAUUCACUGUGUGCACUUGUACAGGCUUAGUGCUUCGACUCUAGGAACAUACACCCGCCAUGUAAACCAAGUGUGUUGUGAAUUUAAAUAUCAAGAAUAUAUCGCAUCGAGCCGCUCUACAUCACUGAUUUUCAAAAUGGCUGAGGUAAAACACAAAGAGGACGGAAUGUCAGGCGAUACUGGAACUGUGGCUGUUAACAUAGAUGAAUCGGUUUCAUACAAAAGUUCACCUAAAAAUGAAUCUCUAAACAACGCAAUGCAGGGUGAUGGUGAUUCUGGUCAUCUCUGCAAUGGUGCCACAAAAAUACAGAUUUCAUCGACGUUGAAGAAAAUACCUAAUAGUAGUCCGAAUAGCCAUAGGAAACCGAUGAUUUCCUUAACUCAUUUACCACGCAGGCCACCUGUAGAAAUCACAUUCUCCGAUUUGUCGUACUCUGUAUCAGAAGGCAGGAAACGUGGAUACAAAACUUUAUUGAAAGGAGUCCAUGGAAAUUUUAAAAGCGGAGAACUCACUGCAAUCAUGGGUCCUUCAGGUGCUGGAAAAUCAACUUUAAUGAAUAUUUUGGCUGGAUACAAAACGUCGAAUUUAACUGGUUCUGUGUUAAUUAAUGGCCGAGAACGAAAUUUACGCAAAUUUCGAAAAAUGUCCUGCUACAUAAUGCAAGACGACUGUUUGACACCACAUCUCACCGUCAAAGAGGCACUCAACGUGUCUGCCAACUUAAAAUUAGGAAAGAAUAUAUCCAAGAGUGAAAAGAAAGUAAUAAUAAACGAAAUAAUGGAAACAUUGGGAUUACAAGACUGCAAAGACACGAGCACAAUGACUCUAUCAGGUGGGCAACGGAAACGGUUAUCAAUAGCACUGGAAUUAGUUAACAAUCCACCGGUCAUGUUUUUCGAUGAGCCCACGAGUGGAUUAGACAGUAGUUCGUGCUUUCAAUGCAUUAGUUUGCUAAAAAGUUUAGCACGUGGUGGCAGAACUAUUAUUUGCACAAUUCAUCAACCAUCAGCUCGGCUUUUUGAGAUGUUCGAUCAGCUUUAUAUGCUAGGAGAAGGACAGUGUUUAUAUCGCGGAGUUGUAACUGGUUUGGUGCCAUUUCUUUCCGGUAUGGGCUUGUACUGUCCCAGUUACCACAAUCCCGCGGAUUACAUUCUGGAAGUAGCUUGUGGCGAGGCAUGGGAUUACAUUCAGAAAUUGGUUAUUGCCGUCAAUUCAGGACGCUGCGACAUGUAUGCGGACAAAACAUUUAGCGAAAAUCAUCGCAUCACCAAUGAUAUUACCAAAGAAAAUGCAACGCUGCGUACGCCUUCGGGUGGUGUAUUUUUGGGACCUAUAUCAAUCAUACCAAUGGUUCUGUUCUCUGGAUUUUUUGCUAAUCUCAACGAUUUACCCAAAUAUUUAAGUUGGUUGUCGUACGUGUCUUACGUUCGAUAUAGUUUUGAAGGAUGCAUGAUCGCCGUCUACGGUAUGGCUCGCGAAAAGCUGGAGUGUAAUAACAUGUACUGUCAUUACAAGUAUCCACAAACGUUCCUUACCCAAAUGUCCAUGACGGGCGACAUACACACCUAUGUGAUAGACGUGGUGGCUCUACUAGGAUUUUUUAUGGUAAUAAGAUUAUUCUCGUAUUUCGUUUUAAGGAUUAAACUGUUAGCCAAUCGUUAAUGUUAAAUUUUAUUGAGAUUUAUAAUUAUCUUCUUAAGUAACUUAUGAUGGUCAAAUUGUAGUAUUAUUAGGUAAUUUUGUGAUCUUUACACAUUACUUUUACAAUAUACACCUAGACACAGGAUAAUAAAUAUUACUAUAAUAUAAAUAUAGUAAUAGUUGUCUCACCAGUGCAACCAGACUUUAGAAUUGACAAAUAUUUUCUUGGUAAGUAUUCGUAUAUUGAUUUAUACUUAAACCAAUAUUUGACGUUGUAUUUUAAUUAGGGAACUUUUUAAUUUUGAUAGGGAUGAUCCAUUUUAAGAUAUAUUUUAGCGGCAAAAACAUUAUGUUUUCUUAAACGUGCCUAAAGAAGUUCUCAUUAAAAUCUCACUCAAAUACAUGCCAACGAUAUGGAUAAAAUCAGCAUCUUUUAUUUAUGAUCUAUUUUGAACUGAAAUCCAUGGUCAAACUGCACAAAUUGUAGUAAAUAUAUAAUAAUAAUCAGUGAAUCGAUCAACAACGUCCUUUAAUUAUAUACUUCCUACAUAGAAGUACAAUUAAUUAAAAUAUAUCGGAAAUGGCCAAUUAUUAACACACCAUAAACUAAAUAAAUUUAUAUUAUUCUAUUGCAAGUUAUCACUUUUGAUGUAAAUUUAGAUUCAACAAGAUGAAUCUUAUUUUCAUAGUAAUUUUAUUUACCCGAGUAUUAUUUGCAUUUGGCAAUGUAUUUCGUGAUACGCUCGAUGAAAUUUUUGAAGUUCAAGAAGAUUGUUAUAAAACACUUGGUGAAGAAAUGACUUGCGAAGUAGAUGAGUGUGUUCUGAAAGCGGUAUAUCUAUUAGACGGCACAGGUAACAAUGUAAAAAUGACAAGAAUGAACGCAUUAUAUCGACCCAUUGCAACACAAUGCAUGCAAAAUUCACAAUCACCUUCAACCUGUGAAUUUUCUUACAAAUUCUUACAGUGUUUUAUAAAAUGGAUUACUGAUUAUGAAGAAGAUUAUUAUUCUGAAUGCGCCAAAAGGUAUCCUAUAGAUAAAAAAGAAAUGGAAAUGCUUGAAAUGUCAGAGGAAUCCUUCAAGAAAGUCAAAAACCACGCAUGUCUCAUGAGCUGCGCUUCGGAUGUUCACAAAAUAUACACAGAAAACGACGAAUUUAAUAAGAAUUCCUUGCGGCUUCAUUCAAAUCUACCAAUUGACGUUCUAAACGAAGCAGAAAAUUGUUACAAACAGCAUCAGCAAGAAGAUAAAUGUCAAAGAAGAGCUAAUAGAACCGCCUGUUUAUAUAUGAAGUAUAUGGCUGCGCAGGAAAAAGCAAACUCGACUGGAUAUGAUAAUUUAUCUGAGGAAAUUUAUGAGUAAUUGCAAAUUGUUUUGAAUCUUUGUGUAUUAUAAGAAUUUAAUUAACUUACAUUCAGUAAAAUUUUAAUCUUAAAAUGA